AUCGGUUUUGAUAUUUCGUCAGCAAACAAUAAUUUUUGUACAAAAUCGGGAAUUUUAUUACUCACAAAUUUAGUAGGACAGAAUCCUCCUUGUGUAACGGAUUGAUAAAAAAUGAAGCAUUUCGCAGGUUUAAUUUUGUUGACGGCUAUCGUUGGCUGUUCUGGAGAAGCUUAUUAUCGUCGCAUCCUCCAAAACCCUGACGAUGACUUUUCUUGCACCAUUCUUUCGGAAGAAACUCUCCGAAAAUAUAAAGGUUUUCGAACAUCGGACUUUCAAGAAAUUGUGACGGUCUUAAAGCCUGGGAUCCACGCCCCAGCCGAGGCCAUGCUCGAAAUCCCAGAUACCACGAAAGUUAUUGAGAUUUGGGGAAAGAAAGAAUCGACAGUUGAAGCUCAUGUCGACUCGCUCUGCAAAUCUAGAAAGCAUGUUGAUUCUCCAACCCCUAGCUUGUUCCAAAAUGAACCAGAAAUCGUUAAAAUUGUUGACGGUGGGGAUCAGGCUAAUCGAAUUGACGUAGUUUUCAUGGGUGACGGUUAUCAAGCCACGGAGCGUCAAGCAUUUUUUGAUGACAUUGCGCGUUUGACUGAAGACAUGUUUAACGGGGCAACUUUCCGCUCGUAUCUUCCCGUCUUCAACAUAUGGGCGAUUUACGUACAAAGCGUGGACUCUGGAAUUGGUUACAAUGGAGCAAAAAAUACACCAUUUCGAUUGUAUCGCGAAGCCGGACAACUUCGUGGAAUUUUCACUGGAAAUGCCGCAUACGCGAGAACCGUCUGCCGUCUUACUGGGACGAGUGGGUGUGACUACCCUUCCUUAAUUGGUAACGACGAUUACUAUGGCGGUCUUGGAGGUGAAUUUGUCAUCUCUACAAAGUCCAAUAGAACUGGUACUGUCGUCCUGAGACACGAAAUGGGGCACAAUUUUGUCAAUGUGGGUGAGGAGUAUGAUAAUGGACAAGUCUACUCUGGGGUUAACGCUGCUCGAACGCUCGCUGCAGUAGGAUGGCGGCAUUGGUUAUCAGAAGGUACGGCUGCCGUUGAGGAGCGUGCCAUUUACCGUCUUCUCCAGUACCCAUGGGCAGAUUUAAGCACAGGGAUUCGAAGUUUCACCUUCACUUCGGAUGGGGCUUACUCUCGCUGGUAUUUGCUCGUAUCCGUCUCUGCCGCAGGGGAAGAGGAUUCAUUAGAGUUUCUUUUGGAUGGUGAAGUCCUCCCGUGGGCGACAAGAGGAUUUGAUGAUCGUGAAUUUUACGACUGGCGAGGCACCAACGGCUUCACACCAGGGCAGCACACCUUUAGCGUUCGCUCAAAGACGGCCUCCACUAAUCCUGACAUUCCCAGAAUGAUUUGUUCCAUAACACUGCACGAGUUUGGAUCAGAAGCGCAAUUCCAUUUGGAUAACAACUGGGUUUCAGCUUAUCCUACUUGGGAUGUAUCCAGACAAAAAACAUUCCGACCAACAAAUGCAGGCUGCUUGAUGCGCAAUAUGACUUCGAAUUCGUUUUGUCCAAUUUGUAAAGAGGGAAUGUGGUAUCAAUUUUUGACAAGGAUUUCCAUCAUCGAUUCCGUUGCUGUGGGUGUCGUACCAAAUCCUGACGGAUCGAGGCCCGUGAUCCUCAACACUCUCAAACUGGGUCAGUUGAGAGAGCCUGGAAAUGAGGUGGAGGAUGAGCGAUUGGAGGUGAGGUGGUUCCGUGCCGGGGUGGAGCAGACCGACCUUCGGGAUUUGUUUGAGGUUGAUGCACAAGCGGGGUCAUGGACGGUUCAGGUAGACUUCAAGACGCCAGAUAUCAGGAAUGAUCCACAAGGAUUGACCAGCGAGACGGAGGCUUUCAACGUCGCCCCCUGAAUUCAUUGUCCGAAUGCAAAUAAAUCAUACCAUUGAACAUACAUCAAAAAUAUACAAAGUAGAUAAUUAUAAUUUGUGACCGAUUAAAUCAAUUUGAAAAUCAUGCA